UCAUAUAGUUCAUUCGAUAUAGAGUCUCAGCACAGAACAGAACAAACAUAGCCAGAAAAUAGGAAUAAUAUAUAUAUUUUUCUCAAAUAAUAAUAUUAUUUUAAGCAUUUAAAAAUGGAAGAUUUUUUCAAAAGAAUAGCCAACAAGGAUUUUUUACCAGCAUUUGUUAGUUCUUUUACGUCAAUGAUUCCCAAGGAGAAGGUCGAACCGACCUUACCAGUCGAAGUUCCUGUGGAGUUUGUUCCUCGUAGAAGCGAUAGAAUUAAAAAUAGAAUGGAACUUGAAAGGAUCAGGAGCGAGGAGGAGCUCUUGGAGAAAUCGAAACAGGAAGAGCUUAUUUUAGAGAAUUCCAAAGAGAAGAGCCCCAAGGCUAAGAGAGGGCAUAGACGCUCCGCUUCCAACACAACACUAGACGACGAGGAGUACUGUUCCUGCUGCGGCGUUGACAUGAGCAUGACCUGCCCCACCUGCGGAUCGAAAGUGAAUCUGCCGCCUCCGGAGCCGGUCCUGAAUAUAGAUUGUGUGGAAAUGAACGGCCGGCUCUACCGUCUGAAGGAGGCAGAAACCACAACCGAAAUGCAGGUGGCCAGUGCCGUCAAAAAUCAACGCAAUGCCGAGAAUCGUCAACGCGCUCGCCGUAACUUGGGAGUCUCGUCCUCGAAGCCCCAACAGCUGGGCCAGGCCAAGAAGAGGGCCGCCAAGAGAGCCGCAGCAGGAGCAGGAACCCGUCGUCCCUAAUCAGAGUUAAGCUUUAAAAUGGCAAUGUUACAUUUCAAAAUUUGAUGGUGAUCUCCCAGGUUAGAUCUCUCCACAUUUUAUUCAGUUAGUAGUUGGCAUAAAAAACAAAAUCAAACAAAAACGACAAAAUUAACAAUAAAAA